AUGGCCCUUCAUGCUUUAGCAGGAACUCUAUUCACAGUACAAACUGUAGCUGGAAUUUUAGCAAAUUUCUCUCUUCUUUAUUGCUAUGUUUCCCUGUGUCUGACUGGAUUUCGGUUCAAGACCACAGAUGUCAUAGUUCAGCAUGUGACUGUAGCCAACUCCCUUAUCAUGCUUUCCAAAGGAAUCCCACAGACCAUGACAGCAUUUGGAGUAAAGCAUUUCCUUCAUGAGUUUGGAUGUACAUACAUUCUGUAUAUUUACAGAGUGGCCAGGGGGGUGUCAAUUGCAGCAACCUGCAUACUCAGUGUCUUUCAGGCUAUCAAGACAAGCCCCAUGAACUCCAGCUGCAAGAAGCUUAAAACAAAAGCCACCAGCUACGUUGGUAUCUCUAUUUUCCUUUGUUGGAUCCUAUACAUGUGUGUAAACUUAAUUUUCCCUCUGUUCAGCGACAGAAAUUUGAAUUUCAAAAACCUCACACGGAGAAAAGAUUCUGGAUACUGUUCUACAUGGCUUAAGGAUGGAAUCACAAAUUCAUUGUAUAUAGUGUUCAUAUUUUUACCUGAAAUUUUAUUCUCAGGGCUCAUGCUCUGGUCUAGUAGCACCAUGAUUUGCAUCCUACACAGGCACAGGACACAGAUGCAACACAUCCGCAAGGCAAGGCUUUCCCCCAGACCCUCCCCUGAGGCCAGAGCUACUCAAAACAUCCUGACCCUAGUGUGCACCUUUGUAUCUUUUUAUACACUCUCCUCCACCGUUUAUGCUUAUAUCUCUGCCUUUGAUAUUUCAAGUAAGUGGCUAAAUAACAUCUUUGACCUAAUUUCUACAUGUUUUCCGACCAUCAGUCCUUUGGUUUUAAUGAACCCUGACCACACUGUAAAAAAACUCUGGACCAAAUUCAGACAGUCUAUCAGAUGCACGUCACAUUUAUGUUAA